AUGUAGAUCGAUGAUGUGGAGAGAGAUUAAAUUAUCAAGUAAUUGAAACUAGUUUAAGGAAACGAUAAAUGUAUCGAUUGUGGAAAAAAAAAUACCAAAUGGGCAUCUGUCACUUUGGGUUUAUUCUUGUGUAUUGAUUGUUCUGGUAAACACAGAGAAUACGGAGUCCGUUAUACAUUUGCAAGAUCUCUUACUUUGGAUUCCUGGUCAAGAAAAUAAAUUACAUUCCUUCAAGUAGGAGGCAAUGAAAAAGCCUUGGAGUAUUUCUAGAGUGUCGGAUUAAUUGGUCCAGGAUGCAGUCAAAUCGAUUACAAAAGUCCUUUAGUUGAAAAAUACAAAUAAGAACUUCUUAAAUAAGUACUCUAAUUAGGUGUAUUAGCCUUGUGCGAAGAAAAGCUGAACAUAAUUCGUCCAUCGCUAAUACCAAGUCCUGUGAAAAUAGCUCAAACCUCUGAAAAGCCUGCUUAAAACAAAGAAGAAGAAUCUCCAGUAAAAGAAUAACCAAAGCAAGUGUUUUAAAACAAUUUGUUAUAAGAAGAAGCAACUGUGACUAAGAAAAGCAAUAAAAUUGUAUUUGCUGAUAACGCGAAACCACAAGCCGCAUCUGGCAAAGCAGUUUAAGGCAAGAAAUUAGCUCACGUGGACUUUGACUCAUUAGAAUUUGAUGAUCCAUUUUCAAAUCCAUUCAAUUAAGAACCUUCAAAAUUUGAGUCCAAUAAAUCAGAAUUACCAUAAUAAGAAGAACCAAAAGUGAUUAUCAAACAAACUCAACAGCCCACUUAACCUAUUCCACAAACCAAUGAAACUUUGGAAAAAUUGAAAGACAAGAAUGUUAAAUCAAUUUCAUCUGAAACAUUAUUCUAAUCUUAAGAUAGUGAAUAAAAUAAAUAGAAUAUUUAUAAAUUCAAUGGACAAACUGCAAUUUCUAGUAAAUAAUUUUUUGGAGAGAAAGAAGAGGAGUCUGAGGAUUCAUCAUAAAAAAUGGAUUAAUUGAAGAAUAUGUUUAAUUUUGCAAGUGAAAAAACAAUGGAAACUUUUGGUACUGUAAAAGAGAAGGCAGGAGGUAUUUGGGAGAAUUUAAAAACAAAAUUCAAUAAAUGA